UAUUACCUUUGAACCAGCACCUCGGGCAACAGAAAGUGAUGCUUGCGUUUUACUCUCCAAGGAUCCCUUCAGCUAUCAUCAGGCAGAAACCACUCUUGGCAAGGUACGAUAUCAUCCCAACAAGAGUUUUUAUGGAUAGCAUGAUCCACCCCCUCCUACUUGCUGGUCACGGUACGGAGUGGACUCUGUCGGAGAGGUCGGGAGUACCUCGGGACAUCGAGCCUCCUCUUCUGGAGGAUAUCCAUCCGCACCGAAACUGGACUCACCCUACGUCCCCACGAGCUCUAAAGAAACCCACUGGCGCAAGUAAUUCUCUGACCCCGCCGGAGGAAAGAGAGCUUUUAGCCACUUUUGGCGACCUUCCACCGAGAGAACAACAAGAAAUAAUUGAUAGACUAGAAGUACUUAAUCAUCAGCUCAUACACGUCCAGAAGAACGGAAAAGUCCUGCCCACUCUUCAGGAUAACUCCGCCAGCUUUUCGGAGUCGUGGUUUAAGGGAGCAGGAAGUCUUCCAUACCUUAGUCCAGCUCCUAAACCCAUGCCUCCCCCACUCGUGGGCAAAACCCACCGAUGCUUGGUAGAACCAGGUUUUGCCCCUCAAGCUGGCCCCUCAUCCCAACUCUUGAUAAAUUUUGACUCGCCCUCCAAGAGUCCCCCGCUGAGGAGUGUAACCCAGAGUUCCUUCCACCAAAACAACUCCUUACCAUCUAAUCCAUCAAUGCCGGAACUGGAGUCCUCAUACUCCCCUGAGCAGCAUAGACCCGACAUACAUACGGUACCAGUACGCCGAACAUCCCCUGUACCUUUGCCAGCAUUAGGUCAGGGGAGUGUCCCACCUACAUCAAAAAAUGGCCCGGAUUUGAUUGAAGACCCGACCGGACAUAUAAACCAAAUGGUUUCAUCGGCGAUCUUUAGACCUUGCGAUGGGGCAGUCCCAGCAAAUCCUAUGGAGUUUCCCACUGAAGUGUCCGCUCUUGGGUUAGCCAGUGGGAGACCCGUUUUGUCGCCCCAGUCAGAAUACCUCACUACCAACUUCAAGACUAG